AUGUUUCCCGAACGAAAGUCUUACAGUUUAGAGAAAUUAAGUCAUAUACCGGGGCGGGGAAAAGUUGUCCAAACUCACCGAGCUCUGGAUGAUAGUAAAUUGUUAGCGGAAUUAUUAGGAAAAUUUUUGAAAAAUCUGAAAGAAAAUAAAAUUACGCAAUGGGGAAAAGUUAGAGGGCUAAUCAGAGAGGGAUUUUUUCCUAAUCGGGGUUAUAGAAUAAAAGUUUUGGCUAAUAGUCAAGAAGGAUUGCAUAAUCUUUACUGCUUGAUAACUCUUUCUCAUACCACCCGAUUAUUCAAAAAGCCCUCAGUUUUUCGUUCCGAUUUAGUUAAAUAUCGGCGUGGACUUUUAAUUGGAGCCGCCGGUGGCCGAGAAGGAGAAAUAUUUUCACUUUUUAGUUCUGCUAAUUCCGAAGAGAGAAAAAAAGAAAAAUUGCAUUUUUACGAUUAUGUAGAAACAACUGAAGAAUCAAAAAUUCCUGCGAUUGCUUCCCAUGAUGUCUAUUAUUGUCAAAUUAAGGAAAAACUUCUCAAAGAGAUUAUUGUAGCCAAUGAGGGAAUGAAUGGUAGUCGCCAUUAUCUCUACUACCAAGCAACUUUGGAAGAAGAAGAGGACCUGGUAGUAAAUAAAGUAGGGACGGUUAACGUGCAGCAACCACCGCUCAACUACUCAGCAACUGGGAGCAGUGGGAGAGAAGAAAAGGAUUUAAUCUCAGCUUAUACGCAACGAGCUAAUGAAAUUUUUGCCUAUAAAAUAGUGCAAAAAACUCAUGAAGAUGGCUAUUUAGUGGGUUCGCGAGGCUCAAUCGGUUCUUCCUUCAUUGCUUACUUGUGUGGGAUUACUGACUUAAAUCCCCUGCCUUUUUAUAAAUUUUGCCAAAAAUGUCGCUAUGUGGAACCUUAUGAAACCCAAGAUAGAAUCUAUUCCGGCUAUGAUUAUCGAGAAAAGGAAAAAUGUCCUGCUUGCUCCUCCCCAUUAAUUAUGGAAGGGCAUAAUUUACCUUUUGAAACCUUUUUUGGUUGGGAAGGAGAAAAAACUCCUGACAUUGACCUCAAUUUUUCCGGAGAAUAUCAAAAGUCGGCUCACAAUUAUGUGCGACAACUUCUUGGUGAAGACUCAGUUUACCGAAUUGGCACUAUUAAUACUUUAUCGCAGCAAACGGCCGAAAUAUUUUGGCGCGAACACCUGAAAUUACGCAAAACUCUUAACUCUGAUUUCAAUGAAGAGAA